AUGGCUUCCACUUCCACGAUGAAGUGUGUGUCCGACUUUGACGAAACCUACAGCGAGCCAGAAAGCUCUACAGACGUCGAAUCGUUAUUCAGUGAGGACCCCGCCGAGGACUCAGCUUCUGAGGUCGAUUCGCUCUUCGAGGAGGAUCGGAGCUCUCAGUCAGAGGACGACAAUCUUCUCGCGAGGAUCGCAUUUCACAGAUCUGAAGGUCGGUCUCGACCGCGGCGAAAGCCAUGGUCUCAGUCGCUGGUGGAACGAGAAUUCGACUUCUGGCGGUGCUUCUGCGAGAAAGUCGAACGCGAGCCCGUCGAGUGCCUUGAGGCCUGCGAGGCCGAGAUAAUCAAAGCCUAUCUGGAAUGGCGCGUGAAGAAUUUCCGGGUGAAAAAGGAGAGUACGAUCAAGAGUUAUUGGAAGCGGCUGAGCUGUGCAUAUAUUGAUACAGCCGGCCGUAGAAUGGACAAUGGCACAGAACUGGACAUUCGAGAUUGGAUUCCUACAUACUUGACACCGACAUAUGGAUUGGAGACGUCCGAGAAGGAGAAGCGAGCCAUGUUCGUCCAGGAAUUCUACGUGUUCGAGUAUGCCCACUGGGUCGAAGACAGACGGCCUCUCCAUGGUCUGAUACGUGUGGAGAUCUGGACGCUACAGCUCCUCAGCGGGGCCACCGCAAGUCGUCCAGGAGCCCUGGUGGAGAGUGGCAGUGCGAAAGGCACAAAUAAAGCGGUGUGGUUCGAGCAUAUUGAGAUCCUCAAGAUCCGACACCCCGAAGAUCCGAGUCAUACGGUGUGGGCCGCGAAGGUAAACCUAGUCCAUAUCAAGGAUUCUGGUGGACAAGGGAGACGGAAGAAGUUCGUCUUCUACGAGGAGCCGACGUACGCGUUCUGUCUGGUCUACGCGCUCAUCGCAAUAGCCUUGGCCCUCAACGCUUUCAGGAGACCCUUCAAGUCAAUACAGGAACUCUUGAGCCUGGAGGUGCCUCCUAGCCGUCACGUGCUCUGCUUGAAGUUCAAGCGCGAGAUUCUCAAAAAGCCCUUUUUUCGAGACGUCGAGUGGACGGACGUAGGUUAUCGUAUUUCUGACAACAAGGCUCUCCCGUAUCAUAAGUAUCGCGACCACCACGUCCAUCUCUGCCGUUUGGUCGGGAAGGAAGAGCAAGGUGAACUUUACGAUUUACGUCGCGGUUCGGGGCGGAACAUACACAGUGCCCUAAUCCCCGAAGAGGCAGAUCAAGUUAUGGGUCACCACGGCGACACAUACCGACGAUUCUAUCUUCCUGACCUCAUCGAGCGCGACUUCUCGUCGAUCUACUUUGGCACGCCGCCACAGGACAAACUCGUACACGCCAUAGCGCGUAUGGGCCUCACUUGGGACAAGCGGGCGCCGACGGAUUUAACGCUACAGCAAAAACAGGAGGUGCGUAAUGAUCCGAGGCUGGUCCGACUCCGCCGCCGGCGCGACCGGUACCGACGGAGGCUCACUGCCCUCGGUUUCCAUCCCCUUCAAACGGCCGCUGGCCAUCCUGACCAUGUUCGGUAUAAAGCGGUGGAACGGCGGAUCAACAGCACGACAAUCACCUUGAAGAAGAAACGCCUCGACGAGGAGGUCCGCCUUUUUCACGAUACUAUCGACGAUCUCGAGAUCGAACGGCAGUUGGACGGACGACCAGUGGCCGAGCCGUACAUACCGCGCAUCAGGGAAUUCGAGUCGCCCGAGCGAGCCCUCGUGGCCAAAUUCAUUUCUCUAUCUCUCGAUGACUCGGCUGCCGACGGCGAGGCCUUGGGCGGCAAGGCCGCCUUCAUCGACGCCCUGGUCAAGCUCUGCCACCAGCAGGAGGGUCGGCGGUAUCUCGGAGAGCAUGACCACCAAAUGGAUCCCAUAGAUCUGGACAGAUGGGCACCCACGAGGACUGCCUUAGCGGUGCAGUCGAAGCGCCCGCAGGUUCGACUCGGUUAUACCCAGGGAGAGUCAGGAGCGGUAGAGCAGCAUAAGGGGUCUAUCGGCCCUAUAGCUGCUGGAGGCGCACAAGUCUUCCAGGAUCACGUCUGCCUCCUCUGUGGGAAGGUGUUCGAGCGAAAGUUCACACUCAACCGGCAUCUCGACAUUCACGUCAAGGCAGGCCGCUUUGCUGCACCAUUUCAGUGUCGAUUGGUGGGCUGCACGAAGUGGUUGAAGGGUGAGACGCACUACAAGAAUCAUUGCGCGACUGUACACCACGUUUUCCAUUGA